CGCGUUUCGCAUCUAUAAUACCUUCAGUUUGGCUUCCGUUUGUCGUUCGCGCGCGGCAAUAGAACUUAUAGAACACGCAACUGGCGGCGUGCGCGCGUUAUAUGUCGCGUCGCAUAUGGUCGUAUAGCGUCGCGUCGUAUAGUAAGAGCUACGCAAGUGCGUGUGAGUGCGUACGGUGCGUAUACGUGCGUGCACGCGAGCGGGCGCCGCAUUUGCCGGAUUUGAGAAAGAGAAAGCCCGAGGAAAUCAAGGUCCGCACAUUGCCGUCGCCGGCGCGGGAUCAUGGACGAGGAGGAAAUCGACGGCGUCAAGUCGCCCAUCAAGCGGCUUGGUUCCACGCGGAAGCUACUCGUCUUCAACAAUAUACGGCUACAGCUGAACGAGCAACUGAGAUGUCUCGACGUAAGGAUGGAGGCACAAGUCGCCCUCGUGGUCGAGCUCCAGGAUUUCUUCCGCAAAAGGGCGGAACUGGAGCUGGACUACAGCAAGUCUCUCGACAAGAUGGCUAGGAGCAUACAGUUGAGGCAUAAGGAGCAGAAACAAAAGCGGGAACAAUGGCCCCUAUUCUCCAGCUACGCCUGCUGGCAGCAGCUCGUAAACGAGACCAAGUCCCUUAGCAGAGACCAUGCCGCCCUGUCUGAGGUCUACAGCACCCACCUCGUGGGCCGUCUCAAUCAGGUGAUGGAGGACGUGCAGCGAAUUUACAAGCGUUGUCGCGAGAUCGGCUAUGAGACGCACGAGGAGAUACUUCGAGUACUGCACGAGCUACACACGACAAUGAAGACUUACCAGGCCUAUCAGGCCGAGUCCAGACAGGCGGAGACGAAGCUCCGCGUCGCUGAGCAGCAACGCAGCAAACUUGAGGUAGCGAACGCGGACAGUCGUGAGAAACUUGCACGCAGCAAGAAAUACAAGCUCAUCGAGAAGGAAGUUAACAAGAGGAAGAGCAAGUAUCAGGAGGCGAAACUAAAGGCGCUCAAAGCGAGAAACGAGUACAUCCUGUGUCUGGAGGCUUCAAACACGACGAUACACAAGUAUUUCGUCGACGACCUGUCCGAUCUCAUUGACUGCAUGGAUUUUGGAUUCCACAAUUGCAUAGCAAGGGCACUGUUGAUGCACUGUAGCGCGGAGGAGGGUAGGCAGCGUUCCCUGCAAUCUGGCGCCGAACAAUUAACUGCGUUCGUCGGUGCACUCGACUCCCGAGCGGAUAAGCAGAGAUUUAUGGAAUCUCAUCACGCGGCCUUCAUGAUUCCCAAGAAGUUUGAGUUCCAAGGACAGCGUGGAGAUGAGACGCCCGAACCCGAAUUGCAAAAGAUGCUGCACUCUGAAAUGGAGCAACGACUGCAGCAGCUACAGCAGAGGGUGACGUCGCUGCGAACUGAGUCAGAGGAAGUGUGGAAGACUUUGGAGACGGCGGAAGCGAGUCUGCUUGAAAUGUUGACCGCUAAAGAUUAUGAUUGCUCGAGAUAUUUCGGCGAGAACGCCGUAUCUACGUCCAGGCCGCCGGAGACGCUGCAAAUCAAGUUACGAGCUGACAGACAAGAGACUGAAGAAUUCUACCUCACGAAAUUCAGGGAAUACCUUCUUGGGACGUCGAGAAUAGCCAGGUUAGACGCGAAACAGGAGUAUAUCCGACAGAGUCUGCUGGAUGGCUCAAAUGCUAGCCCGAACCCGUCGAUUUCCACGACAAAGCAGAAGCAAGCACGCCGCAAGCGAAUCGGUCGUCUGCAGAUGAACGGUCAACCGAAGCUGUUUGGCGGUUCGCUCGAGGAAUAUCUGGAGAGCACGAAUCAGGAGAUACCGCUGAUCAUGAAGAGCUGCAUCCGCGUGAUUAAUCUAUAUGGCUUGCACCAUCAGGGUAUCUUCCGUGUGUCGGGCUCGCAGGUAGAGAUCAACAAUUUCCGCGAAUGGUUCGAGCGUGGCGAAGAUCCACUUGCGGAUGUCACUGAUGCUUCGGACAUCAAUAGUGUCGCCGGGGUGUUAAAGCUCUAUCUGAGGGAGUUGCGCGAGCCCCUCUUUCCUAUCAUCUAUUUCGAACAUCUGAUGGAGUUGGCGCAACUCGAAUCGAAACAGGACUUUGUUAAUAAAAUGAAGGAGAUGGUAGCGAGUCUGCCACGGCCGGUUGUAAUCGUCAUGCGAUAUCUUUUUGCCUUUCUCAACCACCUGUCGGAAUUCUCGGACGAGAACAUGAUGGAUCCGUACAACUUGGCUAUCUGCUUUGGCCCAACCUUGGUGCCCGUUCCGGAAGACAAGGAUCAGGUCCAAUAUCAGAAUCAGGUUAACGAGCUUAUCAAGAACAUCAUCACAUUUUGCGAGGAAAUCUUUCCGGAGGACAUCGGGGGCACUCAGUAUGAAAAAUACAUCAGCAGAGAACCCGACGACGUGGAUGUGGGAGAUUCGCCGACGGAUCAAGUACAGGAAGACAUGGACUCGGAAGUUUACCCAUCCGAAGAUGAAUCAGAAAAUCUCGAAGCUACGGCGCAGUUUGACUUCAAUGCAAGAUCAGAGAGAGAGCUGAGCUUCAAGAAGGGCGACACCUUGACGCUUUACACGCAGGUCAGCAAUGAUUGGUGGCGAGGUGCUUUAGCUGGCAGAGAGGGACUGAUUCCAGACAAAUAUAUUAUGCUCAAGAUAAAGGAUGAGGAGCGUGAGAAGGAACUUUUAAAAUCGUCCAGCGAGGAAUCUAUGCGUAGAAUGGCGGAUAGCGUAUUGUCGAGCAACAAUUCGCCACUGAUGGGCCCGUCGGCGAAUCCGAGCACCUGGUCGUCUGGUGCAGCGUCCGACAUGUCAUCGUCCGCCACGACGAACAUAAUAACGGACAAUAGUAACGCCAGCGGUAUUAUUGCGUCCGUGGUGACGAAUGUGCCCUGCAUCUCGUCAUCGGCGCAGCCGAUCAUCAGUCGAGAGGCUGACACCGUGAUUCCGUUGAGGCCAGUCAGAGCGUCUUCCCCCACGGAAAACGAGAUGCAUUCGGAGCAGCAACAUAGGAACAACGCGGACGGCGUUCUCCAGAUCGCUCUGGAGAACAAUGUCGACAGCAUCGACGGCGGUAGCGUGAACUGUGCUCAGCAGCAACGAGGCGGAAACAGCAACGAGGAAGUCGCGAGCGAGGAUCUGGUUAGCAAUGUACUGACGGCAAUGUCGUCGCUGGACGGUAUCGUAACGAAACGCAGCGCCGGCCGAAAACAGCAGUAUUGGAAGUCGCAGAGCGUCGGCGAGAGCGUAAUGGCGCAGCAGCAUCAGCAGCUGUCGCACGCAAACUCUCUGCCGACCUCGACAACGAUCGUCACAAUAGCGGCGAUGCCGACGACGACGACAACGACAACAACAACAACAACAACAACAACAACAACAACAACAACGAUGACGACGACCAUCGUGACGCAGGACGACGAGUUGCACCAGGAGUCGCAGCAGCAGCAGCAGCAGCAAACAACAACCAACUUCUCAGUGAAUCGUGAGCUUUGGCAGCGUCGCGCCACCUCGCAGACGCAAUCGACCCCCAAAUCGUCGUCCUACUCCCGCACGUCUCAGGAGUUCCGCGAGAUGCGGCAGAAACACACACCCGAUCUGGUGAUGGAUCUGCCGUUGUCGGCGCAGGACCCGGUCGGCAAGAAGUCUGCGUCGUCCAGCAGUCUGAGCAGUUCGGACGAGGAGACGACAAUGCCGUUGUCUCUGCUGGCGCCGCAGCAGCAGACGCCACCCACCCGAUCAGAGGCGGCCACGUCGCCGACCGGCGGUCCAGAGUCGCCGGACAUGAGUACCGCCGCUGAGCGCUUUGCCAAGCAAAACCAAUGCACCCUGAAGAAAAAUACAAAGACUGCGAAUUCGGAGAACGCCAUCGCCGCGAUCGGUAAUAACAAGUUGAAGCGGAUCGAGACGGCGGAGCACGACGGAACGAGUGCUAUCGACGCGGAGAACGACGAGAUCGUCCGGUCGGCCAGCUCGAAUCAGAUCGUUAUUGAUGGCGGCGGCGGCGACGGCGGUAGCAGCGGAGGAAUGCUACUUAGAUCACCUCUACCACCGCGCUCCACCCCUAAGAUCGUUGCCAAAUUCGCCGACAUGCACCUAACCGGCGGCAGCCAGGUGGUCUCGUCGUUUAAGCCGCAGGUCAAGGUUAAGCCGACGAUCCUGCGCAAACCGGUGUUACCGUUUCCGCAUCCGCAUAUGAGCCCCGAGCUUGCGCGCAAGAUCGAGAAACAAGCGCAGAGCGCAGAGCAGGCCAAUUAAGAUUGUCAUUGUAAUAGACCCGAGCGGAGCCGGGGAGGCUCUCGCUAUUCAUAUUCGCGAUCGGCGCACGCUUGGCGUUCUGGGCCGGAACUUCCUGUUUGGCAGGCCUGUCUUCCGGUUUGCCUCUUUUCAGUCGCCGCUGAUGAAAGUGAUACCUAGUCGGUCGGCGAUAUCGCGUACGUUUUAAGGAGAUGCAUCAUGCUUAGUAAAUCAAUUAAUGGUAAUAUGACAUCAAUGUUGUAAUUUCCUACCACAGGAAAUGUAACUGUUACGUACAACGUGUGUAAUAUGACAUUCACAUUGUUGAAUGGAAAAUUAUAAUAUUGAUGCAAUGUUAUUGCUAUUGUUUACCGGGGCAAGUUCAUCUCCCAGUCUGUAAGAUCCGCUCGAAUCGCGGUCGCUCUCGGACGAUGUUACUUGACAAUAACCGUUUUCCCUCUCGCACGCGUAAAUCAUCGGAGGAGAUGCGAUAACGAAACGGAAACCCGAGUCGUCGCUGCACCGGGACGUCAAGCUGACCGUAACCGUGUAUCGAGAUUGAAUUUCCGAGGUCUCAUCGAUUUCGGAGGCGUGUUGUAAAUUUAAAACAAUAUACGAAAGCGCGACCACCCAUCGACCAGUUACUCCGCCCAGUCGCGAGGACUUGUAUCGUAUUAAUUAUCGUGCCCGAGAAGAAAGGAAUGUCGCCGCGGGAUAGCGAUGCGGGAGCUGAAUUGAUGAUCGCGCGACUGCGCUGGAUCUGGCGCGUGUUCGAGCCAAGACCACGAUGCUAUCCUCGCGGAGGCGAGUUUAUUUUUUCUACAGAUGUUUUCCAUUUUCGCUAAUUUUUUUACCAAGUGAUCCGCGCGAAGCGAUGUUUCUAGUCAUCGAGCGAAGAUAAGAAUAAGAGAAAAAAAUAAAACGAGAAAAAGAGCGAGAGAGAGAGAGAGAGAGAGAGAGAGAGAGAGAGAGAGAGAGAAGGAGCAAGAAAGAUGUUUAGCGUCGAAGAACGUGAGUUUGUAGGGUUGGACGACAGUAUAAUUUAUUUUUUAGCGCGUUGUGCCCGAUGUGUACGCCAAUGAUGAAUUUUCCUGCUAUUGUCACUAUACACUUGACGAGCACUGUCGCGAGCCGCGGCGAGCGCGUUCAAUGGUUCCUUUAUGUGUGAGCGAGUGUCAGUAUGAAAAGAGGGAAGAAAGAAAGAAAGAAAGAAAGAAAGAAAGAGAAGAAGUGGAGAUCUAUACAGCACAGAUUUCCAAGGGAUGUCUUAUAGAUGUCCAAAGGACGUUCUGAGAUCGUUUCCAGAAUGUCCCAGAGACAUUCUUAGGACAUCCCUCGGAUAAAAUGUAAGGAAGGACGUGCGUGCUGCUCGCUAAUCUUCUCAUCUUUCCAAGACAUCUUCCUGGUCAUGGGUCCAGGUCUAUUUUUUUCUCGCGUUGUAGAGCGGAAGUGAGAGUGAGAGUGAAAGAGGAAAUGGUCCCCGCGACUUUAUUGUAAUAGGAUACAUUAUACUACUAUGUAUACCGCGUGCCGAUCUUAAUUGUAGGUACUAACUAAUCCAAACAGCGAUGUUCGAUAUAUUCGAGAUAAAAACAACAGAGAGAGAAGAGAGAGGAAGAAUCUAGGUCUAAGUGAUUUACGGCGACAACGACGACGAUGACGCGAAUAUUUAUCGAUUGACGCGGCGUCGUCGAGCUGUCGUUUAUUACACUUCUGGUACCAACGAGACGAGAGAAAAGAAAAUUAUAAAAGGAACACACAGAGACAACACACUCUCCAUAACUUACCUCGAUGUUAUUCCCACAUCGUCGUCUCCCCUGUAAUCGAUCGAUGGAAAGGAGGAGAGAAAGGAGAAACUUAUAUUUGUGAUUUAACGAUUAUCGUAUACACGUACACGUUAACACGCAGAAAAAUGUAUACCGUGUAAUCGCGUAUUCGCGAAAGAAAUCCGUUCGCUCGGCAGGAUUCGCGCGUUUAAACUCGCUUCCUCACUUUAUGUGUAUAUCGACUAAAUGUUUAGCACGCGUUAAGUGGUUCUGCCGUCGCCAGCGUUGUCGCUAUCCUUAUCACGGAUCGAUAUCUUAGCACUUACGAUUGUGAUCCUAUACACUCGCGGAGGACGUCGCCGAAUAAUCCUCGCUUUUAAUUCCGUCAAUAUAGACUGAGUUGACAAUUUUCACACCAAUGUAAAUUAAUUUUAAGGUCUUUUUUAUUCCUACACUAGAUUGCACUAGGACUCUCUCGCUUUCGCCAAAUAUUAAAUAUAUACUUAUCUCACUUUAAGUUCCAAAAGUGUACCCUAGUAGAGCCACAAAAAACGGACCAUUAGUCUCAGUUUAACUUACUUUUUAUUCUUUUCUAGUUCGAAUUGAUAAAUUAAACCGAGGUUAAAGUAAAUCUACAUUAGGAGAAAUGGACUCGGAUUAACCUUUCAGAACUGACGUCAAAAUCUCCAAGGUUUGGAAACUGGGCCUAACAAUUACUAACAUUGGAUCUAUGAGAUCCAUUUAAUAUAUGUUAAUUAAAAGGCACUAAUUAAUUUCAAGGAACCAAAA